AUGUCUCACGAGAGCGUCUGGAACUCGCGCCCGCGCACCUACGGCAAGGGCUCGCGCGGCUGCCGCGUCUGCAAGCACAAGGCCGGUCUCAUUCGCAAGUACGACCUCAACCUCUGCCGUCAGUGCUUCCGCGAGAAGGCCAAGGAUGUCGGCUUCACCAAGAGCUUAUAG